GCAGAACUUUGCUGAAGUAAGUCUAAUUAUGAAAACCUUUCGACUACUCUGUUGCAUUUUAAGCAUAUUUUUAUUUUUUGACCAAAGUUAUGGGAUGACAAGACAGCAGUUAAAAAAUUCAGGCAAACUUAUGAAAAAGUCUUGCAUGCCGAAGAACGAUGUGACUGAAGAUGAAGUAGGUGACAUCGAAAAGGGGAAGUUUAUAGAGACUCGUAACGUUAUGUGUUACAUCGCCUGUGUCUACACCAUGAGCCAAGUGGUGAAGAAUAACAAACUAAGCUAUGAAGCGGUGAUCAAACAAGUGGACGUGAUGUUUCCAGCUGAGAUGAGGGAUGCUGUCAAAGCAGCUGCUACUCACUGUAAAGAGACAACAAAAAAAUACAAAGACUUGUGUGAAUCAUCAUACUGGACCGCUAAAUGUAUGUACGACUACGAUGCGCAAAAUUUUGUAUUUCCUAUGACUCGAGCACAAGUUAAAAAGACUAUGGGUAUCAUAAAAAAUCAAUGUAUGCCGAAAAACUCAGUAACAGAAGAACAAGUUGGGAGAAUAGAACAAGGAGUGUUCAUUGAAGACCGUAAUGUCAUGUGUUAUGUCGCUUGCAUAUACAAAAGUCUACAAGUGGUGAAAAAUGACAAACUCGAUAUGGCGCUCAUAACAAAGCAAAUUGACAUUCUGUAUCCUCCAGAACUCAAAGAGCCAGUCAAAAAGUCUGUUGCAGCAUGCUUCCAUAGCCACGAAGUAAAAGAUGUAGACAAAGGCAAAUUUAUUGAAAAGAAAGACUUUAUGUGUUACAUAGCUUGUGUCUACAAAAUGGGACAGAGCGUUAAAGGUAGCACCAUAAACCAUGAUAUGAUGCUGAGACAAGUGGAUAUGAUGUUUCCCAAUGAUAUGAAGGCACCAGUUAAGGCAGCUAUAGAACACUGCAGACCUGUUGAAACAGUGCAUUUGAGUAAGGGACUAGUGAGUGUCGUGAUGGAUCAAAAAAGAAUAUGUUUAUUUGUGAUAGCUAUAUUUUUGGCUUCUGGAAGUGAUGCCAUGUCUAGACAACAGUUGAAGAAUUCUGGGAAAAUGCUGAAGAAAAAUUGUAUGAAUAAGAUCGGUGUGACAGAAGACCAAAUUGGCAGUAUAGAUAAGGGAAAGUUUAUAGAAGACAGAAAAGUUAUGUGCUAUAUAGCGUGCAUCUAUGAAUUGACGAAUGUGAUAAAGAACAAUAAAUUAAAUUAUGAAGCUUCAAUCAAACAGAUUGACCUCAUGUAUCCACCUGAUGUGAAGGAAUCGGCAAAGGCAGCUGUGGAAAAAUGCAAAGACGUUCAAAAGAAAUACAAGGACAUCUGCGAAGCAUCGUUUUACGCAGCGAAGUGUAUGUACGAGUUUAAGCCAGAAGAUUUUAUUUUCGCAUAA